AUGGCUUUAAAUAAUACUCGCCUUUUAGCUAAAUUUUUAGAUGCAGGGAUUAGAAUACCCAGAGGUUUAUUUGAUGAUAAUUCAGUUGACUUUGGAAAUUAUCAUCAAUGUUUGAGAAUAAAUUCACCAUUCGAACAAACGAGAAUUUUAGGAAAGUAUUGCGUAAUACAGGUUCCGUUAAUACAGAAUUUCACUGUACCUGGUUUCUCUGGAGAGAAUUCAACACUUGAAAAUGAUUUAAUUAAACUUGGUCCUAGUGGACGGAUACUACUAGAUAAAUAUCAUUCGAUGGUUAACAUGUACCGACUAGUUUUUGGUACUAGUAUUCAUAAUAGAACUAGUUCAAUUUACGGCGCAGUAUUACAAAUGGCGGCAUGUGUACCACGAGCGUGUACCACAGACGACGCAAUAACAGCUUUACUAUUUAAUACGAGUGCAUAUGGGUUUGAAUAUGGAGAGGAAUAUUGUCGUCUACCCAAUGAUAAACCCUGGGUUACAGUUGAUUCUGUUGCACUGGUAGUUUUCUCCACUAUCGGUGUUCUAACAGGAAUAAGUACAUUUUACGAAAUUGUAUAUAUAUUUAUGUUAAAUCGAAAAACUAAUACUUGUCUCCGAAUGUUCUCCAUAUAUUCAAACACUAAAAGCUUGCUCCGCUCUCCGCAAAGUGAAGGCAACAUAAAAUGCCUUGAAGGUAUAAAAACUGUUGCCAUGAUAUUGAAUGUCAUUGGUCAUUCCAUAAAUUCGGUAUCGUAUCUACAGAACCCGACAUAUUAUUUUGUUGCCAGUAUGAAUUUAACGCGAGAAAACUUUCGUACCAUGAUUUUGUAUGACUUUCGGUGUCAUUUAAGUCAACAAGAAUGUUAUGACAGACUUCGAUUGGCCUUUCACGAUGAAGACCCUUCUCGGGCCACUGUUUAUAACUGGUUUAAUGAGUUUAAAUGUGGUCGCACCAAUCUCAACGAUGCUCUGCGUCAAGGACAGCCUUCUGCGGCGACGACUGAAGUUAACAUCAGUGUUGUGUGA